CCGGCCCCUUGGCGGGCCGCCAGCGCGGGGAACUGGAGGCCGCGCCCCGCCCGGCCGCGAGCACAGGCGGCAGGCAGCGCGUGGCGGGCGGCGGACACUGAGGCCGGGAGUGAUGCCACCAAGAAGAAAUGGGAAAUACAAACUUCCUGUUCCACUUCCAGAAGGCAAAGUUCUGGAUGAUGUGGAAGGAAAACAAUGGGUGCUGGGCAAGAUGAUUGGCUCUGGAGGAUUUGGAUUGAUAUAUUUAGCUUUCCCCACAAACAAACCAGACAGAGAUGCAAAACAUGUUAUAAAAGUGGAAUAUCAAGAAAAUGGCCCGUUAUUUUCAGAACUUAAAUUUUAUCAGAGAGCUGCAAAAAAAGACUGUAUCAAAAAGUGGAUAGAACUCAAACAGCUUGAUUAUUUAGGAAUUCCUUUGUUUUAUGGAACUGGUCUGACUGAAUUCCAGGGGAGAAGUUACAGAUUUAUGGUAAUGGAAAGACUAGGAAUAGAUUUACAGAAGAUCUCAGACCAGAACGGUACUUUUAAAAAGUCAACUGUCCUGCACCUGGGUAUCAGAAUGCUGGAUGUACUGGAAUAUAUACAUGAAAAUGAAUAUGUUCAUGGUGAUAUAAAAGCAGCCAAUCUACUUUUGGGUUAUAAAAAUCCACAUCAGGUUUAUCUUGCAGAUUAUGGACUUUCCUACAGAUAUUGUCCCAAUGGGAACCACAAACAGUAUCAGGAAAAUCCUAGAAAAGGCCAUAAUGGGACGAUAGAGUUUACCAGCUUGGAUGCCCACAAGGGAGUAGCCCUGUCCAGAAGAAGUGACGUUGAAAUCCUCGGCUACUGCAUGCUGCGGUGGUCAUGUGGGAAACUUCCCUGGGAACAGAACCUGAAGGACCCUGUGGCUGUCCAGACUGCUAAAACAAAUCUGUUGGAUGAGCUGCCUGGGUCAGUGCUGAAGUGGGCUCCAUCUGGAAGCAGUUGCUGUGAAAUAGCUGAAUUUUUAGCAUGUGUUUAUAGUUUAGCUUACAAUGAAAAGCCAGACUAUCAAACGCUCAAGAAAAUUCUGAAUCCUGGUGGAAUACCCUUAGGACCACUGGAGUUUUCCACUGAAGGCCAGAGGACACGUGUGUAUUCUCCUCCCAAUAAAAACGUUGAUUCACAAAAGGCUGCGACAAAGCAAGUUAGUCAGAUGCAAGAAAAGUCAGCAGAAAGAGUUCACAGUGAGAGAAGUGCUGAGUCCUUGGCCACAUGGAGAAGAGUGCCAAAGGAGGACAAGCUGAUGGGAUCCAUGAACAGUGAAGCAGCUCAGGAGAGGGCAAUCCAAGGAUUACCAAAGUGAAGAAGAAACAGAACAACUCCUGACUCUCAGCCAGUUAAGUAGUGAGGAAAAAACUGAUUCCUGAGGCUCUGAUCCACAUGAAUGAUGGUGAAAACAUUGAAGCAACUUCUGAAAUGUGUAUUUAAGUAACCAGUUAAUUUAUGAUCUAUUCAGUCUGUCCUGUUUGGGCUUCACAACUUUGCAACAAUUGUGACACAUCAUCCACUGUGAAUUUUUCCUGGUUUGUACACAGCCUCAUCCUUUACUCAGUAAAUAAAGCUGGAAUCAUUUGACUUGCCAAGAUAUGCAUGGUUGAGACUAGUGGCCAAAAGCUUGACCAUCUUGCCCAGAGAAUUGUUUUUUCAUAUUUUGUUUUUAAUUGUACACUAUUUAGUGAAAUUGUCUAUUUGUUUUAAAAAGAACCAUCCAAUGACUCUGAUUUGAUUAAAUUUUAUUUAGCAUUCAUACAGAAUAUUCAAAAGACAAAAAAAAAUCUAACUAUAUAUGUAUUUUUUUCCAUAGGAAGGCAGAAAGAGAAGACAAAAAUAUUGUGAGUCUUCAGAACUUCUGAAUGAAAUAAACAGUUUUCCCCAAAAAUCUA